AUGCAGGAGAGUUUCGAGGUUACCUCAAGGAAACCCCACUGCCUCGGAACGAGGCUAGUCCACUGGCUUGGUCGCACUGUUUCGGAAACCGAAGCUGACCCGCAGCAGGUUUCGAUAAUAGUAUUACCGAUGGCGGAAGCGAUGCCAGGGUUUGUGCCGCCAUCACGUACUGCCGUAGAUCUCGUUGUCGCGGCGAGGCUCUUAGUAGCGGUCGUGAGGCGCUAG